GAUGGCGACUGUGACGCGUGUCUGCUGGCCUUGGGGCGCGUUCCUCGGGCUUUUCGGGUUGGUCUCGACGGCGACCGCCGCGUGGAACCUGGCUUCGCUGCGCUGUAACUUCGGCGACUUCUGCGAGUGCGACUUCCGGCCCGACUUUCAGGGUCUGGAGUGUGAUCUAGCCCAGCACCUGGCGGGCCAGCACCUAGCCAAGGUGCUGGUGCUGAAGGCGCUGAAGACCUUCGUGCACGACCCUGCACCUACCAAGCCGCUGGUCCUCUCCCUGCAUGGCUGGACGGGCACCGGCAAGUCCUAUGUCAGCUCCCUGCUGGCGGAGUACCUCUUUCGGGGUGGCCUUCGCAGCCCCCACGUGCACCACUUUUCCCCUGUUAUCCACUUCCCCCACCCCAGCCACAUCGAGCGCUACAAGAAGGAUCUUAAGAGCUGGGUCCAGGGAAACCUCACUGCCUGCGGCCGCUCUCUCUUUCUCUUUGACGAGAUGGACAAGCUACCCCCAGGCCUAAUGGAAGUCCUUCGACCUUUCCUGGGCUCCUCCUGGGUUGUAUAUGGGACCAACUAUCGAAAAGCCAUCUUCAUCUUCAUCAGCAACACUGGCGGGGAGCAGAUCAACCAGGUGGUGCUAGAGGCAUGGCGCAGCCGACGGGACCGGGAGGAGAUUCGCCUGCAGGAGCUGGAACCGGCCAUCUCCCGGGCUGUGCUGGACAACCCGCACCAUGGCUUCUGGCGCUCAGGCAUCAUGGAGGAGCAUCUCCUGGACGCUGUGAUCCCCUUCCUUCCGCUCCAGCGGCAUCAUGUGCGCCACUGCGUACUCAAUGAGCUGGCCCAGCUGGACCUAGAGCCGAGGGAGGAGGUCAUCCAGGCUGUGCUGGACAGUACCACUUUCUUCCCUGAUGAUGAGCAGCUCUUCUCCUCCAAUGGCUGCAAGACAGUGGCCUCUCGGAUCUCCUUCUUCCUCUGACACCCCAGGGUGGACUCUUUG